AUGAACGACCUUUUGGAUGCGCUCAACGCGGGCCCACAGAAUGGCACCGACUCGAAUUCUCCUCAAAUACUACUCGAUGUAAUAGAGGCUGCAGAUAUGUGCCCUAAAGCAAAGUUGGCCGAGCUUCCCAUAAUCGAGGCAGUCGUCUCACAUUUGGCAUUGCCAACGAUCGGUGGGGAUUUUUCAACUGAACUUGGGCCCGAAGUCACCAAUGACGAUGUCUUCCAAACACAAGUUUCAGGUGCUGUGUUGACUAUUAUACUCACUGUUAUUCGUCGAUUGAGCGCCGCUUCCUCAACGGAUGAUAUCUCCAUCCCCAGCAAUAUUUCCCACUCUCUGAUCUCGUCUUGGCCUUUGGUAUCACAUGGAUUGUGGCUCUACGCCCGUGCCCUCAGGCGUCUCGGCAUACAUAAUGGCCCUAUUCACCAGCUUGGAUCCCCCGCACACGCCUUCACAACUAUUGUGUCUCUACUGCAGACCUAUGCACACAUCAAGUCCCUUCGAACUUUGGUCCAAAACACCACAACAACACUCUCCUUGGUUGCCUUCCUAUGGAAAUUCGAAGUUCAGGACCGUCGGCUCUUCCUACAACUCCGCGAACUUUUUCCUUGCGGAAGCUCUCCGAGCGCCGCAGAUCUCGUCCCACUAUACUUUUUCACCCUGCCUUCUCCAAAGCUUGAGAAACUCCUCACCUUGGUCGAUAAUACUCGAGGAGAAAGCGCCAUGGUAGCGCUCGGCCAUUUACGCAAGAAUAUCGCGGGCUUGCGCUCAAGUGGAGGCGAUUUGGCGACGCUCAGUGCGCUGCAAGUGAAUUUGAACAACGUCAUCGGCCUCCAUUCGACAUUUCUCCGGCCGCUGUUGCUUACGGGGCAGUCAACGAUCAUCGCAGUGGAAGCACUCCUGCACUUGACUUCAAAUUCAUUGGAGAAACACCACAUGCGGCCUUGUCCGCAGUAUCAUCGAGCGCAUAUGCAGAUUCCUCAGCAAUUAUGUGUUGGCAGACGGUGUUCGGGGUCUGGUCCUAGCGUUAGAGCACGGACUUGCCGUAGGUUUGUUGCAAGCUCACCCUUGGAUGGACGUCCGUGA